CCUGCGGGCUCCGGGGGAGCCUCUCCCCGCCGCGCCGGCUGGCGGGAACGGACGGAGGCCGGCGCUGCCCGUUAGCAGCCGCGGCAGCAGGAGCCUCCUAAUUACUCACCACGCUAAUUGCCCAGCACUGAACUUCAGGAGCCGGUCCGAAGCGGAGCUCCGGGGCGCAGAGGAGGCAGGAGGUGUCUGGGGCCGGGCCCCGCCAGGGUUAAGUGCCCGCCCGUCCCCGGCUGGCGGCCAGCUCGCCUUCCGCGGGAGGCCGGAGUCACCGCGCCGGGACCGGGAGGUGCGCCCGGACCACACCGGACCCCCUCCCCCAUCGCCGCCUCUAGGAGGCGCAGAAAGUGGGGGCGCCAGCCUGGCGCGGGGGGCGGGCGCGGAGAGCCAGAAGGGCUGCGGGGACUCGAGAUGGCCGAUGAGAUCGACUGGCUGGACCUGCCAGGCCGAUGGACCUACGGAGUGGACCGCGGCGGGAGAAUCUUUUUCAUCAAUGAUGAGGAGAAGUCAACCAGCUGGGUGCACCCCGGUACGCAUUCACCCAUCCAGAGUGGCUACUGCUCCAGCCCCGGUUUGCCUAAAGGCUGGGAGAUGGAUUCAACCCCGGAAGGAGCUGUAUACUUCAUCAACCACAAUGAAAGACGCAACACAUUUCGACACCCAGUGACUGGCCAGGUCCCAGAGGAGAACAAAAAGUUUGACUUGAAAACAUCGGCCUUGGACAUGGCCAACAAAACAGGUGGGAAACGUUCUGCUACCCUCAACAGUGACAUCUCCAACCACAACAUGGUGUCAGAGGUCCCUCCAGAGCGGCCCAACAUCCGGGCGACUCGAACUUCCCGCAAAGCCAUUGCCUUUGGUAAGCGCUCACACUCCAUGAAGCGGAACCCCAAUGCGCCUGUCACCAAGGCCGGCUGGCUCUUCAAACAGGCCAGCUCCGGGGUGAAGCAGUGGAACAAGCGUUGGUUUGUCCUGGUCGAUCGCUGCCUCUUUUACUACAAAGAUGAGAAGGAGGAGAGCAUCCUGGGCAGCAUCCCCCUGUUGAGCUUCCGGGUUGCAGCCGUGCAGCCCUCGGACAACAUCAGCCGGAAGCACACAUUUAAGGUGACUGUUUACCGGGUAGACGAGGCUGGGGCCGGUUCCACGCACUGCCUCUCCCCACAGGCUGAGCACGCUGGAGUCCGCACCUACUUCUUCAGUGCAGAGAGCCCUGAGGAGCAAGAGGCCUGGAUCCAGGCCAUGGGCGAGGCUGCUCGGGUACAGAUCCCUCCAGCCCAGAAAUCAGUGCCUCAGCCUGUGCGGCACAGCCACGAGAAGCCAGACUCGGAGAACAUCCCACCCAGCAAAGCUCAUCAGCAGCCCCCUCUCAACAGUCUCCCCAAGCCAGAGCCUGAGGCCAAGACUCGAGGGGAGGGGGACGGCAGAGGCUGCGAGAAGGCCGAGCGAAGGCCCGAGAGGCCUGAAGUCAAGAAAGAGCCUCUAGUGAAAGCCAAUGGCCUCCCAUCUGGACCUGAACCAGCCUCGGAGCCUGGCAGUCCUUACCCUGAUGGCCCAAGGGUCCCUGGAGGUGGAGAGCCGCCCUCCCAGCCCAAUGGCUGGCAGUAUAACUCCCCAAGCCGACCAGGGAGCACGGCUUUCCCCCCUCAUGAUGGGGACACUGGGGGAAACCGGCGGAGCUUUCCACCACGCACUGACCCCGACAAAAUUGCCCAACGCAAAAGCUCUAUGAAUCAGCUUCAGCAGUGGGUGAACCUGCGCCGUGGGGUACCCCCACCCGAAGACCUUCGGAGUCCUUCAAGGUUCUACCCUGUGUCCCGCCGGGUCCCCGAGUAUUACAGCCCCUACUCCUCCCAGUACCCUGAAGAUUACCAAUACUACCCACCCGGAGUGCGACCAGACAGCAUCUGCUCCAUGCCAGCCUACGACAGGAUCAGCCCGCCCUGGGCCCUGGAGGACAAGCGCCACUCCUUCCGAAACGGGAGUGGACCCACUUACCAGCUUCGUGAAUGGAAGGAGCCUGCUAGCUACGGGCGUCAGGAUGGCACUGUUUGGAUCCCCAGCCCCUCCCGGCAGCCAGUCUAUUAUGAUGAGCUGGAUGCUGCCUCCGGCUCCCUGCGACGCCUGUCCUUGCAGCCCCGUUCCCACUCUGUGCCCCGCUCACCCAGCCAGGGCUCGUACAGUCAUGCCCGAAUCUACUCCCCCGUGCGCUCACCUAGUGCCCGUUUUGAUCGGCUGCCACCUCGCAGCGAGGACAUCUAUGCAGACCCUGCUGCCUAUGUCAUGAGGCGUUCCAUCAGCUCCCCAAAGUAUGAUUACCUGGGAGACAGGCGGCCAGUCCCUGCAGGACUGUUCCCCUACAACUACCCACCAUCCCCCACGGUCCACGAUAAGAUGGAUGAACUGUUAGAUCUUCAGUUGCAAAGAAACCUAGAGUAUUUGGACCAGCAGCAUGGCAGAAAGGAAGCUGUGUUUGGGGUGUUGUCUCAAGAGAUGAGUGAGAGUGAGACUCUCAUCAGUAUGGUGAACCGCAUGGUGGAGAGCUCCUCCCCCAGGGCCCAGCUCUUCAUGCAAGUCCCUGCAUACCCAGAGGUGUUCCGGGACGGCCUCCACACCUUCAAGUUAAACGAACAAGACACGGAUAAGCUGCUGGGCAAGCUGUGUGAGCAGAACAAGGUGGUGAGGGAGCAGGACCGGCUGGUGCAGCAGUUGCGAGCGGAGAAGGAGAGCCUGGAAAGUGCCUUGAUGGGGACCCACCAGGAGCUGGAGAUGUUUGGAAGCCAGCCUGCCUACCCAGAGAAGCUGCUGCACAAAAAGGAGUCUCUCCAAAACCAGCUCAUCAACAUCCGAGUGGAACUGUCACAGGCCACUACGGCACUGACCAACAGCACAGUGGUGUAUGAGAACCUCGAGUCUGAGGUCUCUGCCCUGCACGACGACCUCUGGGAACAGCUCAACUUGGACAUCCAGAACGAGGUGCUCAAUCGGCAAAUUCAGAAGGAGAUCUGGAGGAUCCAAGACGUGAUGGAAGGGCUGAGGAAGAACAACCCGUCUCGGGGCACAGACACGGCCAAGCACAGGGGAGGACUCAGCACCUCAGCCACCUAUAGCUCCAACAGCCCAGCCAGCCCUCUCAGCUCUGCCAGCCUUACCAGUCCCCUGAGCCCCUUUUCAAUGGUGUCUGGUUCUCAGGGAUCUCCAACCAAACCAGGGUCCAGCGAGGAACCUGGCCCACCUCGGCCACCCCUUCCCAAAGCCUACGUCCCCCUGGACUCUCCUCCCACCGUCCCUCCACUCCCUAAUGAGAGCCGCUUCUGGCCAUAUCCCAACUCCCCUUCCUGGCAUCACAGUGGCGAGACUGCCAGGGGUCAGAUCAAAACAGGCUAUGAGUCAAGCAAGAAAGACCCUGACCAGACAUCACUCCUGGAUACCCCCAGAGACAUCAGCCUCGUGCCCACCAGACAAGAGCUGGAGGCAGAGAAGCAGGCAGCUCUCAACAAAGUUGGCAUUGUGCCCCCUCGCACAAAAUCUCCUGCUGAAGAAGAGAUGACGCCGUCAGGAGUAGUGAGAAGGACCACCAAUGGCCUCACCAAUGGCCUCUCCUCCCGGCAAGAGCGCCCCAAGAGUGCUGUGUUCUCGGGAGAGGGCAAGGUGAAGAUGAGUGUGGAGGAGCAGAUGGACCGGAUGAGGCGGCAUCAAAGCGGCUCAAUGAAGGAAAAGCGGAGGAGCCUGCAGCUCCCAGCCAGUCCUGCCCCUGAACCUAGCACCCGGCCUGCCUACAAAGUGGUGCGGCGUCACCGCAGUAUACAUGAAGUGGACAUCUCCAACCUGGAGGCCGCCCUGAGGGCCGAGGAACCUGGUGGCCAGGCCUAUGAGACGCCACGGGAGGAGAUCGCCCGGCUUCGCAAAAUGGAGCUGGAGCCCCAGCACUACGACGUGGACAUCAGUAAGGAGCUCUCCACUCCAGACAAAGUCCUCAUUCCUGAACGGUACAUUGACCUGGAACCAGACACUCCCUUGAGCCCGGAGGAGUUGAAGGAGAAGCAGAAGAAAGUGGAGAGGAUCAAGACACUCAUUGCCAAAUCCAGUAUGCAGAACGUGGUGCCCAUCGGCGAGGGGGACUCUGUGGACAUGCCCCAGGACUCAGAGAGCCAGCUGCAGGAGCAGGAGAAGCGGAUUGAAAUCUCCUGUGCCCUGGCGACCGAGGCCUCCCGCAGGGGCCGCAUGCUGUCUGUGCAAUGUGCCACCCCAAGCCCUCCCACCUCCCCUGCUUCCCCGACUCCACCAAUCAACCCCCUACCGUCUGAACGCCCACGGGGCGCCGACAGCAGCCAUACCAUGCGGGUCUGAGCUCUGACUGCAAGCCCUGGCUGAGGCCAAUGCUGUGAUGCUCCACAGAGCCACCUUCUGAUAGCACACCUGGGACUCCGGCUCCUCAUCCUGGCCCCCUGCCCUUGCACCCACGGCACCCACGGUGGGAAUGCCUUGGGGAGCCAGGCUGGGAUCCAGGCCUCUUCGGAAAGAAGCAUGGAUGCCUUCACAUCUGCUGCCCUCGCCCUGAAGCCUGCACUGUCAUGCCGUGGAUGGCAAGGCCAAGGUGUCAUCCUCUCUGAUGCCCCGGUCACAGAGAGCUCAAGUGCAGUUCUGGAUGGCAUUGUGUGGCCCUCCCACACCGUCCCCGAUGGAGUUCGUGUCCUGGUGGAGAGCAUGCCCUCAGCUAUGGGUGAGGAGACAGGACAGACUGUAUCCCUUGGAGCUCACAGCACAGUGAGAGACAGACUCCUGCCAUCGUCUUCCUCCCCUUCAGUCCCAGCUGCCUCAGCGAGGCCCAAGGCUUUGACACAGCGAUGCUGAUGAGUUCCCUGGAGACCAGCCGCCCUGCUUGAGCCAAAGAGAAGAUGAGGAGUGCUAGGGGGAGGCCCCGGGCUCCUGGAGGGGUCGGGUGUGGUAUGGAUAGACAGCAGGUCUAUGCAGUGUCUGAGGGCAGGUUGGAAGCAGGAGCAGACGGAAGAAGAGAGAGGCUUGGAGACUGAAGGAAGGGAAAGUCAGCCGCUUUCCACAGGCAACGAGGAUGUAAGGAAGGAGGGAAAUGGAAGGCAUAGUAGGAAUGGCUUCCCUAGAGUGGAGCCUCCGGCUGGUGCCAAGUCGAGGGCCUGACUGUCACCCCUGUCCCUUCACAUCUUCCUCAGAAGCACAUGGCCGCAGGAGGACUCGCUAGGCACACAGCAGCCUCAGCUGAGGUGCUUGGUAGCAAGGUGUGGAGGAAGGGGAUGUUGGGUGAGACAGACAGCCUGGGAGGUGGUCCAUCUGUGUCGAGUCCUGCUGUUUGUAUCUCUCCUAGGGUCAGGGGCACAGAGGACUGUCUUACUGUCUGUCCUGACUGUCUGUCAGCCUUGGAGCCUUACCUAGCCAGUUUCUUGACCUAUUUAAACCUGGAGAGCACUGUGGGCCAGCUGAGGGUUAACCCUGGGCGGAGGGAAUGUGAGGCCAGGUUCUAGGUCCUUACUCCUCAUCUCAGGCAUCUAGAGCGGGACCAGAGGCUGGGUUUUCUCACAGCCCACCUACCCAGGGAGGACAGGUCAGGGAGAGACGGGAGCAGAGCAUAGUCUUCUUCUAUUCCACCUACUGUGAGUGAAUGUAGCCAGAGUGCAGUGAAGGAAGGCCGGCUGCAGACACCGAUCUCCAGCCCUGCUCUGCAAGACUAGCCCAGAGACUUCAGCCUGAGCAUCAGUGGUCCCAAGAAACAGCCGCAUCAUCUCCCAUCUAGCCAUUGCUGCUCCUUCAUGGGCUGGGACAGUUACUGGUUCAUAUGCAAGUAAAGAUGACAAUUCAUCCAACAAAUACUAGUCAAGCACUUUUUGUGUAUUAGGUACUGCUCUAGGUGCUUAGCAUAUUGUCUUGCUUCUGAGAGACUCUGGAUUGGGAGGAUUCCACCCGUAGUCACUUCUUUCAGGCUUCUGGAAAGUGCCCCUUGGUGACAUUCCCUGUCUACACAGUCCAAGAACCCAAAACCUGUCCUUUCUUCCUUAAAGGUGACAGUGGGAUUAGCUCCCAGGUUAGCCUCUCUCUCCAUACCCUGUUCCACAAGAAACAAAGUUUUUAGGGCUUCCCCUGUGUUUAUCUCUCCUUUUUUAAAAAAAAAAUGUGGUAUUUUUAGAAAUACACAUUAAAUCCCAAGAAAUGUCUCCACUACUCUCACCCUGUAUUUCCUUCAUAAAGCUGGCUCUUUAUGUUGCUUUACAUGCCUUAAUAUAUGUUUUAUGGAAGUGAUCAUGUCAUAGUUACCCAUGUAAUAUCUAUCUAUGUAUUUGUCUGGAUGUCAAUCCUGUAUCAGCUCCCGCCAGAUUCGUUUUCUGUCUGUGCCAUUCUUAGCAUGUAGAAACCAUGCCCCUUGCCUUUUUGAUCCAAAGAAGGGGAGAGGAAAGACUUAUUUUAAAGUAGACCUAUUUUAUGCUUGUGUUUAAAAGCAUAUCUGUUUCCAGUAUGCGCAAUGUCUGGGAGGGAUUGGUGAUCUGUUGUCCCUAGUCUGGGUCCCUGUCCCUCCCUCUGCCCCAGUGGCUUCCUUCCCAUCACCUAGUCAUUGUAAAGGACUGGUCCCCAGGCUCCUCCCGACUGCAUCCUGCAGGAGCAGGACAUUCCUUUGAAAGUCCGGGUCGAAGAAUUUGACUUCACUGUCGACUUUGGAAGGCAGUCUAAGGGCUGUCAGGCGUGUGAAUCUCCUGAAGGAAGUAUUUACAACUGCAGUCAUGCAGUCCUCACACGGGCCCCUGAACCACCUACCCCCUCAUCCCUCUGUGAGGAAAGGCCAGCAGGUUGCUGGCAGCAUAUGCUAGCUAGUUUGAAGGAAGUCGGUCUGCUCCCUGAAAGACCCAAGACCCAAGGUGAAGCCCGGAGAAAGUGCUUGGGAUCCUCUGUGUUCUUCGGUGAAGGCUGUGGCUCCCAGGCCUCUCAUAGCUUUCUCUCGAGCCCACUCUGCAUCAUGCCCAGCUCCCUCUAGGCCUUUUCUUUCUGGGAGUCUUUAUGUCACAUUGGUCUGGCAUCCAGACUUGAAGCCUCAUUCUUGACGGAGGAGGGCCCCACAAUGUCACAUCAAGAAGAAGCCCAUAGUGCGGUGGCAAAACUGUGGGCUGGAGUUCAGGCCUGUGCUAGCUCAGCCUUCCAAACUCGCUUCCUGACAGGUGAAGUGAGCAAGGAGGUUCUAGCCUUUCAAGGAUUGGGGCAUGAUGGAAUCUUCACCCCAGGUCUGAACUGAUGUGUCUGGGAAUUUUACAGCACUUCCGGCCAGCCUUUGAUACCUGACCUCCAACUCUGGCAUUUGUUGGCCCUCCUCCCAGCCUCAAGCCUCUUGCUAUGAAUGAAUGGGGCCCAGAUAUAAGCCCAGGGUAAGCACCCCUCCUGGGGAACGUCCUGGGUACCCGCAUAGGGCCUUCCUAAUGAACGCAUUACCUCCUCCACCAAAAACCAAGAGGCCACGAUCAAAUACUGCUACUGUCACUUUAAAGACUUCUGAGGGAGCCAGCUUGCAAGUGGCAAGUGUGCUCUCCUGCCUUUAUGAAAGGCAUGUUCUUGGGGGCAGGGCUACUUCUGCAAGAUGGAACCCCUUCCUUCCCUCUUACGCACCCUCCUCCUGGCAGCUCUUAAAACUAAGGAAAAAUACUAUAUAUAUAUAUAAAUAUAUAUAUACAUAUCUAUUUAUGCAUAUAUUUGGGGCCAAUUUGAUUUGCUAGUGUUAGACAAUAAACCAUACGAGGAAAUUUAUUAUCCCAGUGUCUUUAUUUAGUAUGAAAGUGACCUUAGACAAGGAGUUAAGGUUAGAUGAGCAGCGUCUCUGUUGGACCACAGGGCUGUAGCAUCCCUUGAGCAUCUAGCUAGCCGAUCAUCCUCCGCUGGAGGAGGGGCGCCUGGAUGAGGUAGGUGAGAGCUUGCUCCCUCCUCUCAGUGGCAGUCUUACCAGGUUAGGUACUAAGGAACCCGAUGAGCUCUGCAUUUGUAUCCUGCAAGUUUGUAUAAACCAAUGCUGGAAAUAAAACGAAUGGUUUGUA